GGAAAAGGUCGCCUCAAAGAAGGAAACUCCCAACUGCUGCUGCAGAAGGAAAACUGCAUGCGCAGCGUGUGUGCCUGACGAGCACUGAUCUUGCCGCGCAACCCAUUGCCGAGCCAUGGCUGACAUAGAUCCACCUCUCACCAACGGCGCGCCGUCCUCGCGGCUCCCCCCCGGCACCAAGUGGGCUGACGUCGAGCGCGACGCGCCCGCCGACGUGGAGGCCGACGACGAGGAGGAGACCCCUUACACGCGUGUGCGGGGCGAGCGGCAGGCCAGCAGCCACCGAGUGGGUGGCGGGGGUGGCGGCAGGGGAGAUCCGCCGCCUCAGGUGCAGUCCUUUCUGCGGAAUUUCUACGAGGACGUCGAGGGCCGCAAGGUGGGCAACAUCGAGAACGCCUACGAGGGGCAGUUCCCACGGCUGUCGGACCAGUACUACUCCAAGACGCGGUGGGUGGACCCUUCGUCUGUGAGCCGGUACUACGCCGACCAGGGUUUCGAGAAGGAGAAGGACGUCGUGCUAAUCCUGUACAAGGAGCUCUUCUACCGGCACCUGCACACGGUGGGCGGGCCGGAGAGCGCCGUGCGGGUGAGGGUGGAGGACCGCGAGGACUCCUGGGGCAACUACCGCGACCUCUUCGACUACUUCCUCGAAGUCGAAAUGGAGAAAAAGUCUGUGUGGACACACACAGAGAGAGGAGGAGAGUGCGUGGGUCACUGUGUUCAUGUCCGUGUGUUGGAUGGAUGGGUGGGUGGCCACAGGCCUGGUCGUGGCGCCCGCGGUCUGCAGUUCCCCUACACGUGGACCUUCGACAUGCUGGACGAGUUCGUCUACCAGUGGUCGCAAUUCAAGUUCUUCCACAACAAGGUAAGGUAACCUCACCAUCAAUCCAUCCAUCCCUCCAUCCACCCACAACACGCACCCAUCUCUCUCUGUCCCUCCCUCUUUGUAUGCAGACGAGUCAGGGCCGGAGCAAGCGCAGUGACGACGACGGCCGCAUCCGGUUCCGCGAGAUGGUUGCGUUGGCCGACCGGCACAUAUGGGACAGCGCGAGGGUUAUCGAGUACCUGCAGCUCCUCGUCAACAAGUCGGGCAUCAACCAGUACUUCAGACACAACAGAGAACGAGCAAGGGUACGUCAGGCGAGGCUUGGCGAACUACAGAAGGACGUCACACGAAGGAUUCUCUCUCUCCCUCUCUCUCUCUCUCUGCGUGUGUGUGUGUGUGUGUGUGUAGGGUGAUGAUCGCAUCGAGACUGACCUGGGCUUGCAGGUUGGGUACUUCGCCAUUGUGCAGCUGCUGCGGUGAGACAGACAUCUCUAACAAACAGACAGACAGACACACCUAACCACCUUCUCACCCAUCCCACCGCUAUCUCUGUCUCUCUGUGUGUGUAUUUUGACGUGAUGGUUGAGUGCAGAGUCCAGUGUCUGGUGGGCGACUACAGGCUGGCCCUGCAGCAGCUGGACGAGUUUGACUUCAGCGGCGACUCGCUCUUCUACCGUGUCCCCAACUGCCACCUCAGCCUCUUCUACUACAUGGGAUUCUCGUACAUGAUGCUCAGGUAAGUCGGUGUGGUGGGGCGGUGGAGGGGUGUGUGCUGCAUGGCAUGGUGUGGGGUGGGGUGGGUGCCAUCGUCAGGCGGUACACCGAUGCUGUGCGGGUCUUCUCGCAAGUGCUGACCUUCCUGCACACCAAGUGAGAAAGGGCGACACACACACACACACACACCCGACACGCCACACACACGAUCACUCUCUGUCUGCCUGCCUGCCUGCCUGCCUGUGUGUGUGUGUGCCUGCCUUUCAGAAAGGACGACUACCUGCAGGGUACGGCGAUGGGUCACCUGCUCAAGAUGAAGGACCGCAUGUACCAGCUGUUGCUGCUGUGCGUGUGCCUCCACCCCCACCGACUCGACGAGAGCAUCAACAUGUACCUCAAAGACAAACACGCAGACAGACACGCACGACUCCUCAAAGGUAAGGAAAUAAGGGACACACACAACACACGACCUGCGGUGAGGAGAGGAGAGAGGGAGAGGGGGAGAGAUUGUGUGUGUGUGUGUGUGUGUUGGGUUAUUGGGUGUGUGUGUGUAGAUGACGAGCAGGAGUACAUCGACGUGUUCAACUAUGCGAGCCCCAAGUUUGUGCACCCCGGCUACCCGCCCUUCGACGACAUGGACGACUACGACCCCACCGAACUCUCACGCACCCAGGUCGAAGUCUUCCUCGAGGUCAGUGCGGUGGACCCACACCCUCUCACACACAUCACGUGACAUGACCCACCCAAUGCAAUGCAGCCCAGCCCAGCCACCAUUGUGUGGUGUGUGUGCAUGUGUGUGUGUGUGUGUUAAUGCAGGAGGUCCGGCACCAGAAGCUGGUGCCCACCAUCCGAUCGUUCGCCAAGCUCUACACAGCCAUCCCCAUCCAAGUCAGUCAGUCUGGCGCCUCCCCCUCCCCCUCACUCUCGCCCUCACCCCUGCUGCUGCUGUGUGUCGAUUCGAUGGUUGGUUGGCUGAGUGCAGAAGCUGGCCUCCCUGAUGGAGAAGAACGAGGACGAGAUCCGCGAGAUCCUCCUGUGCGUCAAGCACAAGGGCCGACAGCUGGUGUGGCGCAGCGGCCCGCCCUUGUCGGGGGAGGUGGUGACGAUGGAGGAGGGCGUUGACUUCUUCCUCGACCACGAGAUGAUCCACGUCAAGAGCACCAAGAUACACCACAACUACGUCCAGUACUUUGUCCACAGCAUCCACACCUUCAAGGUCAGUGAGCAUCACGCUGUUAGGGAGGGAGGGAGGGACGGAGGCAGAGGGACAAUUUGCGGCUGUGUGUGUGUGUGUGUGUGUUUUAGGACAUGAUCCGGUCUGUCGAGCACGGCCUGCAGAGGCGGGAGAGGGUCUGAUCGACCCACCCAGAGAGAGAGGCACGCAGGCAGGCAGGCAGGCAGGCUUGUGUGUGUGUGUGUGUGUGUGGUGUGUGUGUGGCUGCCUGCCUGCCUGCCUACCUGCCGGCUUGUCUGCCUCCCUGUCGGGUUGAUGUUGAUGCGUACGUGGUGUGUUUUAACGGAUGUCAUAUGGUGCGUGGGUGUGGUGUUUUGACAUGUCCCUUGCUGGGAGGGACAGAGAGAGCGUCCUAUGCUGUUGCUGCUGCUGGUGUGUGGCGAUUGAUGCGUCGUGUGAUGUGGUGUGGGCGUCAUCAGAGCGGAGUGUUAGACGUGGCGAUGCCUCCAUGCGGCCAUUGGAGGCGUCACAACGUCUACCACUGCCACCAGAUGGGCCUCACACGAACCACUCAGGCACGUCGCCGUCAAAACAAGAAAGAAUACACUCACUCAGGGGAGGGCUUCGUGAUAUCCUCACAUGGCCCUGGUGUCAUGACAUUUGGUGUUGCAUCUCACCUUGAUGGCCUUCAGCUGUCGCGCGUUUGGUGUCAGAACCAAACGAGCGCAGGUGGAGGACAUCGAUGAGUCAGAUUCGACACCAAGUGUCCAUGGCCGUGUGAGAACCGACUUUGUCUGCUCAAUGCGUGAGAUGCCUG